GAAAUCAAAAUUCUACCUGGUUCUAUAAACAAAAUGAUUUUUAAAAAGAAAUCAUUAGGCGGUCGUAUUUUUAUUUGUAAAAUAAUCCUACUCACACUUUACACCAUUCUAAUUGUUCAUACACAUUUCGAAUACUUUCGUUCAAAAGAGAUUGUUUAUAAUUACACGCGUGAGAUAUUGAUAAUAGGAAAUGCGGGACAAAUUGGGAGUAUUGAAACUUGCCGUACAGUUUGCGAAAAUAUUCAGAGUGUUUCCAGGCAUAGAAUAGAUGAGUUCAAGCAAAGUGGAGCGAUAACGGUGAAUGCAAAUUUAACGAAUGCUGAAAGCAUGAUAAAUAACACCUUCUCUCCACAUCUAAUCGGUGGCUCAUGGAUGUUUAAAGAGGAGAGCAAUAAUUCAGAAUCAAAUUGUGAUCAUGUCCCGAAAUCUGGUGUUGCAAUUAUCUUUGUCUGCAAAAACAGAUGGAAGCAACUGAAUAUCACACUAUCCACACUAAUCCCAAUUCUUCAGAAGCAGCGUCUAUGUUAUCGAAUAUUUGUUGUUGAACAGGAAGAUGACGGCCUUUUAAACAAAGCCAUGCUUUUGAAUAUUGGAUUUGCAGAAGCGAAGAAACGUUUUGACUUUGCCUGUGCAGUAUUCCAUGAUGCUGACUUAGCACCAUUGGAUGACAGAAUUCCAUAUGGAUGUGAUGAGCAGACAAUGAAGACAGUUGUACACUUAAGUGUUGGUGUGAGUUCAUGGAAUUAUAAACUUCCCUACAAAACACUGAUUGGAGGUGUCUUGAAAAUUUCAACUGAACAUUUCUUAGCAACCAACGGUUAUUCAAAUAGUUAUUGGGGAUGGGGUGCAGAGGAUGAUGAUUUAGAGAGACGUUUAAAUGCUGCACAUAUAGAAUACAUUCACAUAAAUGAAAGUAUUGCACGGUAUCUGGCUUUACCGCAUCCUAUACAAACUCGUUCCAAAUCCAAACUGCGCUAUAGUCUGUUGUACAAAGCAUCUGAGCGUAUGCAUACAGAUGGCUUAAACAGUUUAAAAUAUAACAUUACUAUAUUUUCUGAACAAAGAUACUACACUUAUUUCUUAAUCUCAAUUCAUCAACCGUCUUAACUCUUUACGUUCAUUACCCACCUAAAUAGGUAAAUCUAGCGAAUUAUAUAUUCACCACUGAUUUUUCACGUCUUGCAUGAGAUUUUAGUGGCUUACAUCACCUGAUAAAUAUGUGAAAACUGAUAAAAUACACCCAGACUCGCUCGCACAUAGAAAGGAACUUCACUCAGACAGAAAUUAUAGUGUGACCCAUCUACCCAAUUCAGCAAUAUCCCAUCAGAUUAUAUCAAUCACUUUGAAAUGCUUCUCUCCAUUCAAAUAAUUCAAACUGAAAAACCACUGUCAUGGAGUAACCUUCUGAAGGAUUAAUUAUCCAACGCAUUUAUUGGCUGUGAACAGAAUAUGUAUUUAACUGACUUCUCCUUCCAACUCAUAAUUUUUGCCUUGAUAACUGUCUCAAAUCGUAUCUUCCCUGUACAUCCAUAAGACUUAUAGUUUUAUUGUUAUUACAAGUAUGAUAUUUACAGGUUUUAUAAUUGUCAUUGCCUUUGACUUGACAGUUAUUGAUGAUUUCAUAUUCAUCUCUAAUGCUUCACUUGUCUGAGUCACCACUUAAAACUUCUCUCAUCAGGUGUGUAAAUUUAUAGAUAACAAAAGAGUAUCUGCUUUGAUAUUUUGUCAUGCUUAAGCUUAAUUACUUGUUACCAAUCGAAAGUUCAUUUACGGAGUUGUAAAUGUUUGUAGUAAGUUUGAUUGUUCUUUUAAUUUACUUUAUGUCUCUCAUCAUUCUCAUUUUUGGGUUUAUUUUUAAGUGCACUACUCACACAUGAAUCAUCUUGCUUCACUUUUCACUCAUCAUUUCUUCAACACGACUAGAUUUCUUUUGCCUAUAGAGAAAAAAAAGAAGCUUAGGAAUAGAAUAGCAUUAUUGUUAAAAUGUGCUCUUCUCUUCUAUUAAUCGAUUGUUGAAAUAAAAGACCGAACAUUCCUUAUAUUUCUUCAUUGAAUACCCUAGAAAUCGCCAUUCUCUGUAAAGUAUUUUUAUUCUUCAUUUCAUCAUUUCAUUAAUUAUUUGUAAAUGUUAUUUAAUAAGCAAGAUGUGCAAAUCUAGCCGUUAUCCUUUGCCUACUUAUCCAGGCAACAACUUUAUUACACAAAUAAAGAUCUUUAGAUGUUGAUUCUUAAUUUUUAAUACCUGAUUCGCUUGUACACUGUAUAGUGUGAAUUAAGUCAGGUUAAACUGUGAAAGUAUUAAGACUUCGCUUGGAAUGUUUACCUGUUGCUCAACUGCUUUUUUUUUGUUAGGCUUUGAUAUUCACUCAAUGAGAUUGGCAUCUAGGGUGAGAAUAAAUUCAUGCUAAAAGUCUAAAAUAAAUAUUUUUAUUUUUUUUAUUUUUGAUUACAGCUUGAUUCCACACUGUAUUGUUGUUCGUACAAGUAUGGAAUUUUAGGCAUAUGAUAUUGGUAGCCCAAAUUUUGCACGCCGACCAUAGAUAUCAGGUGUGCGUCGGCAAGGGAUCGAACCCCGGACCAUGUGCCUGGUCGGUGAGAAUCCUAACCACUAUGCUACCUACGCACAUAUAUGUCAAGAUAUAGAAUGUAGAUACCAGAAACUUUAACCAAUGUGAUGAGAGUUAUGAGAUUUCCUGUCUUACUAAUUGAGCUGCAGGCUAUUUUUAGCCACUGAGGUAGAGAAGCGUGUAAUGUCGUACCUGGAUUCUAAAAAUAACUCGUAUUUAAAAAGUUAUAAGCGUCGACUGACCUACCACAACGAGAAGUGAUUGUAGCGUGACCUAAGUGUGUCUCCCUUGAAGCUAACAUAAAUAAUUGUGACGAACAGAGUUGCAAAAAAAAACAAAUGACUCACUGAUCUUAAUUGUAAUGAUCAACUUGUUUCAUUUGCCACUUAGAUUUAACUCCUGGAAGUUCCCUUUAACGCGGCUUUACUUUUUCCUUGGAAAACAAUACAUAGAACUUAUAUAAUCUCUCGUCUCUAUGUUGACUGAUGUUUUAUUCGAUGUACUUUUAUGCUCAUAUAACUCUCACUUCAGUUUGUCAGUGUUUUCGAAACAUAGAAGCAUUUGUAAACUUAUUCUUCAAGAAUUUACUGAAUUAAAUGAUUCAGUCAGUAUGCACAGAGUACAUGCCAGCUAUGAAACAGUCAAGUAGUGUUCUCUCUGUACCUGUUUGAUGUUAGAUAUUGGGUCUUUAGACUUCAAAAGGCUAGAAUCUACAUUUAUUUUUAUUCCUUCACGUUCCAAGUGGAACAUAGGGCUUCAAGCUAGCUAGCCUCAUACCCAACCUCGCCCUCUUUACUAGUCUUAUUACUGGUAUAGCGAGGUAAAGGACUGUGUUGGCCGGAGAUCGAACCCUAGACCACAUCGGUCUCAGGUGAGCAUUCUACCGCUAUACCUUCGACGCACAGAAUCUACAUACAUUACUAAUUUAACUUAUAAGGAGAAAGUAAACAGUGAUGAAUAAUUCCCAUCAAUAAGAAAACAAGACAAGUAUUUCAGAGAAGAAUUCUUUUUCGGAGAAUUCACUUCCCUUAGCUGAACCAUCACAUUUAUAUACAAUUUUUUCUCGAAACAGUGAAUAUUAAGGGAGGGAUAAAUCAUCAUUAUGCGUAUAGUUGCUAAUAUUGAUCAUUACAUAUAUGAGAAGUUGAAUAAAGGUGGUAGAAUUAUGCAAUAAGAUAAAUAUUUUAUUUUUUUUUAUUUUUGAUUACAGCUUGAUUCCACACUGUAUUUUUGGUACAAGUAUGGAAUUUUCAGCAUGGAUAUCAGUAGCCCAAAUUUUGCAGGCCAACCAUAGAUAUCAGGUGUGCGUCGGCAGGGGAUCGAACCUCGGACCAUGUGCCUGGUCGGCGAGGUUCCUAACCACUGUGCCACCAACGCACAUAGUAAGUGAGUUGUAAUCAGGAUGCACAAAAGAACAAAGACAAUUCUAUGUUUCCUGAGAGUCCGGGAGGACAAAUGAGUCUGAAAAUGUAAGAGAAACGAACAAACAGUUAGUUUAGAGAACAUCAUCCAGCAUGGCUGCAAAGAGUAGGCACUGAUUCAAUCAGAAGCGCAAUAACUGAACACCUCGUCAAUACCCGUCACAGAAUCUCAUCCGACUUAUCAUUCAAAGUCAUUUACAAACUGAACAAAAAUCUACCAAAGACAGUGUGUUUCCGACUUCUUUGUACUGCGGAGGCUCUCGCCAUAUGCAUCGAAAAGCCGGAGCUAUGUGUUCAAAAGAAACUAGUCCAGCCUCUACAACUACCAUGGACCUAUUUCGGUAUGUUCCCUUAUCCUUCUUUUUUGUUGUUUUGUCAUCUCUGUGUGUAAUUUUCUCUCUUUGCCUUCAUUCAGUUAAUCCUAUUUUUUCAGUCUUAAAAGCAGUUAUUUUAGGUUUGUUUCCAUGCUCCUCCUAAUCACAUUUGUAAUCCGUUUAGAAUAACCAUUUUACAAUUAUAUUCUAAUCCUGUGUAAUUUUUUUUGUUUCUAUGCCUCUUGUAAUCUAUAUUCACACCUCCUAACUUACAUUUCAAGUUGAAAAUUUUGAUUUCAAUUUGUUUCCAUGCUCAUUUUGUUCACACCUGUAGUUCGUUCUAUCCCUGUGACUCUAAGCCUCUUGUAAUUCAUAUCAAGUUGAAAAUAAUUAUCACCUUUUAUUUGCCUUUAAAAUUAUCUCUCCAAUUAUCAAAUAUUAAUUUGCAUACCUUGUAACUGUUUUCCAAACCUAUGAAAUCUUGUCUCUAAGCCCCUUGUAAUCUAUAUUUGUACAUUCAAACUUUCAUAUCAAGUUGAAAAUUCUUAUCACCUUCGUUACUAUGCGGAAUUAAAUAAAUAGUAAUUGUAUCCCUGUAAACUAAUCUAUAUAAAUGCGAUUGUACAGCUUUUGAGAAUGAAAUCGCCUAAAAGAUACCUUUGCUGAACUUCGUGUUCUUUUCAGUCUAAUUAAAAUAAUAUGGUCCUUACUACGGCAAGAGAAGUGGAUGGAAGAUUUUCCUUUGUAUUCACAACUCCAAUUUCUUCAUCUGGCUGGUUAGAGCUUCAGGAGUGCAAAGAAGGCUACAGCAGAUAGUAUAAGGUAGGCUGCUUUUCACUUUGUAAGUCACGUUGCUGAGACAAAAUGGCCAUUAUCUACAAAGUGUUCAAUUAUUGCACUUCACAUUGAGCCGCUGCUUUCUUUCUACAACCAUACAUUGUUCGACACGGAUCCUGUCUCAAAGGGUUCAAAUGUGUUCAUUAUCUCUUUGUUCAAACUAAUUUGGGGGAGUGGUUGAAUGGGACUGUGCAUUUUCCUUUAGACUUUCUUAUUAGACUAUAAUUAUUGAUCGUUUUAAUUACACUCAUAGCAUUUUACUGCAAAUUACAUCAUCGUCUUUCCACUAGGUUUCUGCAGCCAUUCAAUCAGAAUGAAUCAGGUCUUCAAAAUAAUCAAUAUAGAGAGAAAAGGCUAGCUGCUUUGCCUCAAGAGAGCCAUUCUCUGUGUACAAAAACAUAGUGUGAUUGAUCUCUCACUACUAUGGUGACUAGACGUCUCUAGUUUGUUUUUGUUGAGUCACAUUUUGUUUUCUUUUCCUGAUUACAGCUCACUGAUCUGAACUCAUUAUUAAUCGUUCAGUUUAUUUGGUUGUUUGUUUAUGUAAUAAUUUUAAUUUAACUUACCAUUUCUUUUCAUUCUUACCCUCUCCUUCGGAAAAUUUCAUCUGUUCCAUAAUUGCACUCUUUGAGUUAAAAUAAGUUUGAAGUAUGUUGUAUAUUUUCGCAUUCAUAAUAACUUAUGUCAUUUUUAGACUGUUAGAAGCUGAUGAUAAUCUGUGAGAGAAAAAAAGAAGUAUUUUAUCCUG